AUGGUGAAAGCUUAUAAUAUUUUCCUAACCCUACCACACUGGACUUUGGAAGCACGUUCGGUUUCGAAGAUGCAAGAGAAGUUCACUUGGGUUUUUGAAAAUCUUUCAUCCUUUCAAGAUGAAAAGUACCGCCACUCUCCUCCCUUCACGGCCGGCGGUUGCAAUUGGCGUCUUUGUGCUUAUCCCGGAGGAGCUAUGAAAGAUGGUUCUUAUGUUGACGGCUUGUUCGUGGAUCUUUAUUAUGCGCCUGGAUCUCUCUUUAUAGGAAAGGGAAGAGAAGUGAAAUAUCGCAUCACUCUUGUCAAUGUUAACCCUCAAUAUAACAAAGUAAUAGGAGAGGAAUGCUUUAUGGAUUGCAAGAGUCUCAGCAGAUUUGUAGACUUCUUGGCCCUUGACCAACUUCGUAAUAAAUUGGAAGGAUUUUUGGUGGAUGACAGGCUCACUAUCGUCGCUGAAGUAAACGUUCUACCAGCCAUUGUUGUACCAUUAGAACCUGUGAAGAUGGUUGCAUCUCUGAAUAGCAAAGAAGCUUCUGUCAAAGGCGACUCUCCUUGUCACCAAGUGGCGCAAGAAACUGAUAAUGCUGCAUCUCAAGAGAAGUUAAAUAAUGAUGACGGUACGGAUGAUGAUUAUGAUGUUGUCGCAUCCGAAGAGAGUUCAGAUGAUGAUUACGAUGAUGAUGAUGAUGACGCAUCUGAAGAGAGUUCGGAUGAUGAUGCAUCCCAAGAGGAUGCAGAUGAUGAUGCUUCAUCUCCUGUUGUUAAUGAUGAUGGAGGUGGUGGCAUUAGUCCUUUGAACCAAAUGAAUGCCUUGGGGAUUAACACUGCCACAGGAGGAGGAAAGGAAACAAUGGAUGUCAAUGGGUUUGAGGUUUUUUCUUCCCAGGUUGAAUCGGUAAGCUAUAUCUUCAAAAGACACCCAGACUUAGCUAUAUACUUCCGUCCAAAGAACCAACAUAUCAGAAGAGCUUACAUGGAUGCACUCCUUAGCCUCAUCGAGAUGAUGUGCCAGUCGCCUGAAAAACUCUCCGAGAAUGAUCUGAGCAAUGCAGAGGACACACUAGUUGAUCUGACUGAUGCCGGCUUUAAGGUGGAUUGGUUAGAGACAAAGCUGUAUGAGAUCUGUAAAAAGAAGAAAAUGGAGCAGGGUAGUAAGGCCCGGCUAGAAACGAUGGAGGAACAGUUGCAGAAGCUGAAAGAGAUGUUCUUGGAUCUUGAAUCUCAGCUGCACAAGGAAAAGGUGGAGGCUUUGGCUGCCAGAGCUCCUCUCUCGUUCAACGAUGUUGUUUGCUGA